AUGUCUAUCCACAUAUCCACAAUCAUGUCCACCAGCGGCAAAUACCAACCGCCACGAACCGAGGACCUGCGUGCUCCAUGCCCAGCACUCAAUACUCUCGCCAACCACGGCCUUAUUGCCCGCGACGGCCGCAACAUCACCGCUAACGAACUGACCUCUGCCUUACGAUACCUCGGCCUCGGCUUCGACGUGAUCACCAUCCUGGUCAACAGCGCCUUUGCCGUCCACGCCGAAGACCCCAAGAACAGCCCCCCAGGAACAUCAUGGUCCGGUCUCCGUGACCCCAACCAAGUCAAUGACGCCGACAUACCCGUCCUCAACCUUGACCAAGUCGGUCGACCUCAUGCCAUAGAGCACGAUGUCUCCUUAACGCGACAGGACCGUGCGUUAGGCGACCAUAUGCAUUUAGAUCGGCGCCUAUACGACCAACUUCUUCGGUGUCCGCGGGACGCUAGCCCCGUAUUUCGGGUUGCAGAUUUAGGAAUUCUUCGCAACACGCGCUACAAUCAGCAAAAGAUGGUGAAUUCCCAGCUGGAAUUCGACACGAAGAUGCACUACAUUGCAUGCGCAGAGGCCGCGGCAUUACACUGUGUCUUUGGGAAGGGGAUGCGGCGUCGCGUGCCGAGGGAAUACAUCAAGGCUGUAUUUGGGGAAGAGAGAUUGCCGAUCCAGGAGGGAUGGAAACCUCGACGGUGGAGAGUGUUUCUACCGGAGCUUGCGAUCAUGGUGGUGGGAGUUUCGCGAUAUGCUUGGCCAUUUUAG